UGCAGAGCUAGCUACCAAAUCAUUCAUGCAGGAUGCAGCUCUCUUGAAUUCUUCACUCUGCGGACGGAAUACAAAGAGUUGCGCCCCGUUCAUCAGAAAGCUCAGUCUCGUGCGGAAGAACCAGAACCUCUGUGCGUACUCAGUGUGCUUAAUUGCAACGAUCAUGUUGCAUGUAAAGCGUGGACGACCUCUAUUUCUGGUUCUGCUCCUGUCUUUUGCUGCCUCUGAAGGUUCUAGCUUUACCUACAAUGGCUUCCAAGGCGUUAACUUGAACCUGAGCGGCAGCGCGCAGAUCACAUCGGGUGGCGUCUUGAGGCUGACCAGCAGUACCAAACAAAACCUAGGCCAUGCCUUCUACCCAUUUUCACUCCACUUCAAGAACCCCGGACCGAAGCAUGGGAAUGUUGUCUCCUUUUCUACCGCUUUUGUAUUUGCAAUUGUUCCCCCGUACCCAGAUAUAAGUGGUCAUGGAAUGGCUUUCGUGAUCGCACCUUCAAGAAAUCUGUCGGUAGCUCAGUCAGGAGGCCAGUUUCUUGGCCUCUUCAACAACUCCAACAAUGGUAAUUCGAGCAACCACGUUGUAGCUAUUGAGCUCGAUACCGUCAAGAGCAAUGACUUCUCUGAUAUCAACGACAACCAUGUCGGUAUUGAUAUUAACAGCUUGAAUUCUUCUUUAUCCGCGCCGGCCUAUUUUCAUACAGAUCAUAAUGGAGGUCGUCAGAACCUAAGCCUUACAAGUGGAAAUCCUAUGCAACUCUGGAUCGAAUAUUGUGGCGAGAAAAAGCAGAUUGAUGUGACAUUAGCUCCGUUUAAUGUAGAUAAACCCGAUAUCCCGCUCCUAUCCCUGAACUACGACCUUUCUCCGAUCAUGAAAGACCCCAUGUACGUGGGCUUUUCCGCGUCAACAGGCUCUUCUUUUGCAUCUCAUUACGUGUUGGGAUGGAGCUUUAAUCUGAAUGGACCAGCGAAAAACCUCACUCUCUCUCGACUUCCCAAGCUUCCUCGACCGAAAGAGAGAUCGAAGUUUCUGACCAUUGGGUUGCCGAUUGUCAUCGUAGUUUUUGUGUCGACCGUAGCCUUGGGAGUCCAUUUUUUCGUGACAAGGAGGAGAAAGUUUGCAGAAUUAGUUGAAGAUUGGGAAAUCGACUACGGGCCUCACAGAUUUAAAUAUAAAGAUCUGUACCUCGCCACCAAGGGGUUCGGGGACAAGGAACUUCUAGGUUGUGGCGGAUUUGGCAGCGUCUAUAAAGGUAUACUAACCACCUCCAGAAUAGAAAUUGCAGUAAAGAGAAUCUCCCACGACUCAAGACAGGGGAUGAGAGAAUUUGUGGCAGAGGUGGUUAGCAUCGGUCGCAUGCGGCACCGGAACUUGGUUCAGUUAUUGGGCUAUUGUCGACGUAAAGGAGAGCUCCUUCUGGUUUACGAUUAUAUGCCCAAUAGAAGUCUGGACAAGUUCAUCUUCAACCAACCAACGUGCUUACUAAGCUGGAGUCAAAGAUUUCGAAUCAUCAAGGGUGUAGCGUCUGGUCUGUUAUACUUGCACGAAGAAUGGGUGCAGGUGGUUGUUCACAGAGACGUCAAGUCCAGUAAUGUAUUAUUAGAUGGCGAGAUGAAUGGAAGAUUGGGAGAUUUUGGAUUGGCAAAACUAUACGAUCAUGGAAGCGAUCCUCAAACUACCCACGUGGUGGGAACCGUGGGUUAUAUGGCACCGGAGCUGACUAGAACCAGCAAGGCUACACCGAGUACAGAUGUGUUUGCCUUCGGAGCCUUCAUGCUUGAAGUGGCUUGCGGGAGAAGGCCAAUUGAGCCACGAGCGCAGGCUGCAGAGGAUUUAUUAUUGGUGGAUUGGGUGUUCUCGUGUUGGAGUAAAGGGACGAUUCUUGAUUCGGUGGAUCCAAAUUUGGGGGCUGAAUAUGUUGUUGAAGAGAUGGAAUUGGUAUUGAAAUUGGGCCUUAUGUGCUCUCACUAUAGUCCAGCAGUUAGGCCGAGCAUGCGACAGGUGGUGCAGUUUUUGGGUGGAGAUGCCCCUCUUCCGGACCCGUCGUCGUCGUCGUCGUUUGGUCGUCUAACAUUUCGGCACGUCGGGGAAGCGUAUGACGACUUUGUCAUGUCGUAUCCUUUUUCUCUGGAUAAGACGUUCGCUGAAACACAAACAUCAGCAGCAGACUCCGUCGUCUCCGCAGGUGGUUGAUUUUACGUACAAUAUUAUAGCUAAAAUCAGCUAUUCUUAAUGGUGUUAGCGCUAUGUUGUAUUUAAUUUGUUAGGAAUUUUACUAGUUCAGUAUGUUUGAGUGUGGUUACAGACUCAGUAGUGAUCGUUGUAAACCAGAAAAUAACUGAGACCAGUAAUGGUCGAAAUGCCGAAUGGAAACUUUUGUUGUUAAGUGUUCUCAACGGUUUCGUGGCUAUGUGGCUUGUCUCAUGAUCGAGCAGAGUAACAGCCUAUCUCGGUUAUGC